GACAGUCAUUUAAAUAUGGCGGCGAAGAUUGCAAAACUAUUAAGUGGAUUUUUUAUUUUAGCAAAUUUUAGUGUAGUCGCCAUAAGAUAUGGAUCUUUAUCAGAAACCCUGCAUACAUCAGACCCUUCUUUUGAGGAAUGGUGGGGACAAAAGGUUAAAAAAAUUGAAAGACCUCCGAAUUUAGAGGUUAAUAAUCUGCAUUCAAGAUUUAAGAGGUCGGCGACGGAUAAAAAAUCAAAAUCUAAGCUAACUCAUUGGUUUGAUUUCAAUGACCAUAAUUCUCAAAUGUUUGUACAUUGGGCUGGUGAGAACAGCGAUGUUGUUAUCGCAUUAACAAAACCACUUGAAUCUCAAGGAAAAAAAUUUAAAAGUAUUUUAUAUGUGUCUCGAAAUUACGGAAAAACGUUUGAAAAACAAAAGCUAGGCAACGAGACUAUCAACAUUGAUAGAUUUUAUUAUUCACCUCUUAAGAGCAGCAACUUUAUUGUUACGGACAUAAAAAACAAAUACAUAUGGACGAGCGAAACCUACUUAAAACGUACAACCAAGCACAAACUUAAAUUUGUCCCAAGAAAAAUAAGCUUUCAUCCGAAUAAAGUUCAUACGAUAUUUGGUUUUGAUGAUGAGAAUUUUUUAACUCGUUUAUGGGUAUCUGAAGAUUAUGGAUACAAAUGGAAAAUUGUUUCCUAUGGCGUAAAAGAGUUUUUUUUGACUGAAAACACUCUCUACGUUCAAAGGACUGGAUUCGUUGACACAAAUAUUAACGUUUAUAAAAAUAAUAAUUAUAUUAGGUUCGAUAAAGUUCUUAGUGGAGUAGUAGAUUUUCAAGUAAAGGACGAGUAUAUGUUUGCAACUAAACGAGCAAAGAAAACUGGACUUGAAUUAUGGGUUGCGAAAAUUCAUGAAAAGUUCCAAAAAACAACAUUUCCAGCAUUAACUCAACCAUCGAAUAACGAUCCCAGUGAAGCAAAUAACAUUGAACCUAUUGUUGAAUUCUACGUUAUUGAUGCAAGUGAAGGUAUGGUUAUGAUUGUUGGUUCUCAUAAAAGGAGUGAUGGACAAUUAGAGAAUAACCUAUAUACAAGCGAUGGAACUGGACUUAUAUAUUCUUUAUCUUUAAGAAAUGUUGUCUAUUUCAAUCCAAAAUCUAAUGUUUCAAGUUGGCUGAGGGAAUAUGUGACCAGACCUUUCGCAGACGUGCAUAAAGUAGAAGGUCUUAGAGGAUAUUUUAUAGCCUCCGUAGUUAAUAUGACAAACAUCACUGCAACUAAUCAACAAUCAUAUAUAACUAUGAAUAAAGGAGGAAACUGGUAUUAUAUAUAUGCCCCAAGAAUUCGAAGAAAUGGAAGUAGGUCUAGUUGCUACUACUCCUGGAAGUGUUAUCUGCAUCUGUCUCAAAACUACCACAGUUUACAUCCCAAAUCUAGGAGUGUUCCUAUUCUCUCUAAAGCAUCUGCACCUGGGUAUGUUAUGGCAACUGGUACUUUAGGAAAGUACAUGGACCAUACUUCUGGUCGAGAUGUUAAUGUCUACUUUAGUAGCGAUGGCGGCUAUAUUUGGAGAGAGACACUAAGCGGUUCUCAUUUCUUUGAAUUUGGUGAUCAUGGAGGCAUUAUUGUUGCUGCUGAACAGUGGGAGCCGACCAAUAAGAUUCUAUAUUCAACUGAUGAAGGGGAAAGUUGGUAUCCUCACUACUUUAGCAAUGAAGAAAAACUUCAAAUAUAUGGUAUCCUUACUGAACCUGGCAGUAAUACGACAACAUUCUCGGUAUUUGGAUCGCUCUAUAAUAAACGCCAUAGUUGGGUUCUAGUAAAAGUUGUUUUAAACACUCUGUUUAAUAGAACGUGUGUUAAAAGUGACUAUAAGGUUUGGAAUCCCAAAUCUUCUAGGGCUUCCCAUUGUCUAUUGGGUAGAAUGCUGAGUUUUAAGCGUAGAAUAGCUAACUCCAAUUGCUAUAAUGGGAAGACAUACAACGAUGAAAAAGUCUUGAAAAAUUGUUCUUGUCGAUCAUCAGAUUUUGAAUGUGAUUUCGGAUAUAAAAAGGAUUAUUUAUGGCAAUCUACAUGCAGUAGAGAUCCAAGAAUAUCAGAGAGUGAGCUAAUUAGUCAUAGACCACAAAAAUGUCCAAUUGGAUCUUAUUACUAUAGAACUAAAGGUUAUCGUCGUGUUGCUGGAAAUACUUGCCAUGGUGGUUUAGCCUUCGAAUACGAGCCUGAAAAGAUAAUGUGCAGAUCAAGUAGACUGAGGGAAUUUAUGCUUUAUUCGACAAAAUCAUCUAUAUACCGUUAUGAAUUUGGAGUUAAUAAAACAACGAAAGUAAUCAGUGGAUUAAAAAAUAUUGCCGCUGUUGAAUACGAUUAUAAUGAAAAUUGUUUGUACUGGGCAGAUACUAUUUUUGAUAUAAUUCAAAGACUAUGCUUGAACAAAGAUUCUAAAACCGAAACCCUUAUUAAACAAGGAUUGGACAACGUAGAAAGCUUAGCUUUGGACUAUCUUGGCGGUAAUUUGUAUUGGAUUGAUUCUGGAAAUAAAAGAAUUGAAAUGAUAAAUACUAGAGGAAAGUUCAGACGAGUUGUUGUUCAAAAUACUAAAAAGAAUCCGAAGCUAUUGGAAAAGCCUAGAAGUAUUGCUCUUGCUCCUAAACACGGAUUACUGUUUUGGAGUGAUUGGUCGGCCAAUGCUCGUAUAAUGAUUAGUGAUAUGAAUGGUCAGAAUGUAAAAAUAUUUGUCCAAACCGGUAGUAUUAAAUGGCCCAAUGGAUUGGCUGUAGACGAAUCGACAAAAAGACUCUAUUGGGUUGAUGGUUUUACGAAAAAUAUUAAAUUUUCGACAUAUCCUUCGGGACAUACCGUUCCCGUAAAAUUUAAAGCCUCUCCUCAUCCAUACGCUAUUAGUGUUUUCAAAACCGAAGUGUAUUGGACUGAUUGGACAACGAAUAGUAUUUACGUUACUGAUAAGAUGUCGGCUUUCCGCUAUCUAUCCGCUAAAAAUCGUGUAUUCUUAGCUAACAUUACUAAUAUUAUGGAUAUCAAAUUAUUCUCUGAAUCCUCACAAGCUGGAAAUGCGUCGUGUUCCUGUAAAUAUCUGUGCGGAAGAGUUCCUAUUAGGAAUUCUUUAAGAAAGUAUCCACCAGCACCAAUUAAUGGCUCGGCAGAAAAAUGUCUCUGUCCAGAUACUUUCACGAAAAAGACUGUGAAAGACAACAAUGAAAUAUGCCAAUGCGAAAAAGGAGAAACACCUACUAAAGACGGUUGUGAGGCUGGUAAGGGAGACUGCCCGAAAAAUUUCUUUAAAUGUGACAAUAAGAAAUGUAUAUUUGAUUCUUGGAAAUGCGAUCGCCAAGAUGAUUGCGGAGAUGGUAGCGACGAGAGAAAUUGUCCAAAGGUAUGUACAGCACAGCAAUUUCAAUGCGACGGCGGUUCAACUUGUAUACCUUUGGAUUGGAAAUGUAACAAUGUAACAGAAUGUCUGGAUAAAUCUGACGAAAAAAAUUGUGCUAAAAAAAUCUGCAAAAGUACACAAUUUACCUGCGGUAAUUCGGAAUGUAUAUCAAUGAGUUAUGUGUGCGAUGGAGACAUGGAUUGUGAAGAUGGUUCUGAUGAAGUUAAUUGUCCAACUUUCAAUUUUACGUCUGCAAAACCACCUUCAGUAUGUAAAGCCUUCCAAUGUAAUAGUACCAAAGACUGUAUACCUAAUUCAUGGCGCUGCGACAAUUAUAAGGACUGCCCUGAUAACUCUGAUGAGAUUGGCUGUAAGAAUAAAUGUAGCAGUACUGAGUUCUCUUGCAAAACAACUAAGAUUUGUAUUAGUAAAUCGCUUAAAUGUAAUGGUUAUGACGAUUGCUGGGAUGGAUCUGACGAAGAAAAUUGUCCAAAGAUAACAACCACUGUUAAACCACAUAACAUGUGCAACUAUACAUCAUUUCAUUGUAGAAAUCAUCGGUGCAUACCAUAUUCGUACGUCUGCGAUUCAAUCAAUGAUUGUCACGAUGGCGGAAUUGGUAGUGACGAAGAAAGUUGUUCUCAAAAUGCGACAGAAGCAGUGAUAACUACUAGAGAUCCAAGUGUUUGUCCAAAAUUUACUUUCCAUUGUUUAACUGGCAGUAUUAAAUGUUUGCCAUCGAGUUGGGUGUGUGACGGAGCCAAAGAUUGCGACGACAACAGCGAUGAAUUCGAUUGUCCUACAGACAGCUGUGUAGCGCCAAAAUUCUUUAGAUGUUCAUCAUGCAUUCUUCAAAAACAAGUUUGCGACGGCAAAGUAGACUGCGCUGAUGGAGCGGAUGAGAGAGGCUGUUCCAACUCAACAGCAAGAACUUGUAAAUUCGACGAAUAUAACUGUAUAGGUUCAUCAUUAUGUAUACUAAGAAGUGAAAUUUGCAAUAUGUUUCCCGAAUGUCCUAGCAACGAAGAUGAAAAAUGCUAUAGCGGUUCCUUUCACAUAUCUUCAUUAACAUCCUUUAAAAAGACCGUUAAAUUUGAUAUUGCUAUAAAGGAUACUAAAGAGGAUAUGAAAGUUUUUAUGGAAAUUAUUGAUAUGGGGAAUCCAGCAUCAAGAUUAAAUAAAACAAUUGUUUACAAAGCAAAAGAAGCUAGCCAUAAAGUUAUCAUCCCUAAUUUAAUACCACAUGUAAAAUACAUUCUAUACGCAAAUCUAAUAAUCAACAAUACAAAAUAUUUUGUUAGCGAUGCAACAUAUCGCUUUCAAACUACAUACGAAAAAGUUAUUCAACAAUUUAGCGUUCAAGGAGGUGAUUCCAAAGCUAUAUUAAGUUGGAAAAAGCCUGAUUUUAAAGUUAACUACUACGAAGUUUACAUUUCAAAUGUGCAAAUGCCUGAAUUAAGCGAAACAGAACAACUGGAAAUAACUGAAGAUGAUAUUUUUGGCAAUAUAAUACGAAAAACAAUUGAUUUAGCAAAGGGGCAAUAUCUUAUACACAUUUUACCUUUUACCGAUCAAGGACAAGGAAAAUUUUCCCCUGCAGUUCAAGUAAAAAUUAAACAAUGCCCUACAGUUAAAUUAAUUCAUCUAAUGAAAUCACUUCCCCAAAUAUUGUUUUCGGAUGCAAAUGAUGUUAAUAAACUUGACGUUAAACUUAUACCAGAUGAUUUGGAUAUAUUUGCAAGGAAUUUGGAGAUAAAGUCCCUGAAAAAUACAUAUCAUCUUAAAGAUCUUAGUCCUGGAAUGAAAUAUACUAUUGAAUUUAUAUUCCACUUUAAAGGAAGCUCCGAUCAAUGCUCGACCAGAAAGCAUUUCAAAACUGCAGGAGAGGCGAUUAAAGCUCCUACUAAUAUAGAAAUUGAGUGGAUAUUGAAAAGCGAUUACGAAAUUUCUUUUCAAGCUUUUGAUAAGAAAUACACUUACACCUUUUAUUGGACGUCGGAAUAUAAAUUAUUAGAUAAUUUGGAUUUUAAUCAUCGUGACGUUGAAAAAAUAUCAUUAAAAGAUGUCAAAACUGAAAAUGAGACAAUUACUAUUGGGAAAUUGAAAUUGCCAUCUUGUCUCAGAAUAUUUUAUAUGUUGCAAGUAACAGGCCCACACAAUGUGAUUGGUGAACUAUCUCCUAUUCAGACAUUCUCUACGAGAGAAGAUUAUAAUUCACCGCCAAGUUCCCUUCGCGUUGGAAAUUUUAAAAAUUCAUCAUUAUUACAAUAUUCGGCCGAUUUCUCUUGGAAAUGGAAUUGUCUAUUGGAAAAGGCACCAAAAUCGUAUACGAUGGUUAUUGGUAAAGACGAUUCGGGUGAUCAUUAUUCCAUUGAAGUUGCCCAAGGAAAAGGACAGUUUACUAAAAAAACAAUAAAAAAUCUUAUUUCUGGCGCAAAGUAUCACUGGAAAGUAAAAAUAUCAGGACAAAGCUCAUUCUCAGAGCCAAAGUCGUUCUCAUACAAUGUAAUCCAAGCUCCUCCGGGAUUCAAAGUUUUCGAAAAAGGAAACACUAUCCGAUUUAUCUGGAAUAAACCUGAAUACCUUACUGAAAUAGAAUCAUAUAAUUAUAUUAUCUACAAAUGUAAAAACCAAGAUGAACAUACUUGCAACAAAUUAACUUCUAUUCCACGUGGUCAACUUGAUAAAGAAAUCAAGAUUAGAAGCAAUCAUUAUAGAUGCUAUAGAAUACGUAUAAAGUUGUAUGAAAGUAACUACCCAGGGGAAUUUUCUAAUCCAAUAUGCCGUAUUGGACAAGUUGGAGAACACUCUGAUAAAUCUAAAUCCUCUAGUAAUUUGGCAAUUCCUAUCGCUAUCGUUGCUGUCAUAGUAAUAAUCGUCCUAGUAGCAAUUUUGGUAUUUUUUGUUAUGAGACACAGAAGAUUACAAAGAAGUUUACUUGGUUACGCAAAUUCAAUUUAUCAUAGCAGUAGCGGUACAACAGUUAUAUCAACUGAUAAUAACUUGGAUGCUGAUGACGCUCCUAUAAUCAGAGGAUUUUCCGAUGAUGAACCCCUUGUUGUCGCUUGA